AUGGCCUCCUUGAGGGACGACCCCGUGGAAAGGCUUCAGGAGGAGGUGUCUUGUUCCAUCUGCCUGGAGUACAUGAGGGACCCGGUGACCAUCAGCUGCGGCCACAACUUCUGCCAGGCCUGCAUCUCCGACUACUGCGAGAGGGGACCCGGCGCGGCGGCCGGUGCGGCUCUGUGCCCGCAGUGCCGGGCCGGCUUCCUGGCGAACAGCGCACGCCCCAACAAACAGCUGGCCAACAUCGUGGAGGGCAUCGAGCGGCUGGCGCUGCGGUCGGGCCGAAGCCCCGGCGAGGCCUUGUGCGAGAGGCACGGCAAGAAGCUGCGCCUUUUCUGUCAGGACGACGGGGAGCCCAUUUGCCUGGUGUGCGACAAAUCCAGGGAGCAUCGCUCGCACACUGUCCUGCCCAUUGAGGAGGCCGCUCAUGACUACAAGAUUAAGCUCCAGGAGGCUGUGGAUUUCCUGAGGAAAGUGCUGGAGGAAGCAACCAAGCUGGAGGCCCAAGAAGAUGAGAAAACAGCCCAGUGGAAGGAGAAAGUCGAGCAACGCCGAGCACUAAUUGUGUCUGGGUUUGAGAGACGGCGCCGGGCAAUAGAUGAAGAAGAACAGCAGCUCUUGAGACAGCUAGAAGAGGAAGAACAGGCAACGCUGAAGAAGCUGCAGAUGAAUCGGGCAUUUGUAGCACAACAGUGCGCCAGUCUGCAAGACCUGGUCUCUGAGAUGGAACACAAAUGCCAGCAGCCAGCGGCUUCUUUGCUCAGGGGUGUGAAAAAUGCCUUGACCAGGAGUGAAACAGCGUCGUUGCUGGAACCCCAGCCCAUCUCUACUGAUCUGCUGCAUUCAUAUGAUGUCCCUGGGUUGAUGGAAUCACUCCAAAGAUACAGAGCCCCGGUGACCUUUGACCCCGAGACCGCAAACCCCUACCUGCUCCUCUCAGAGGAUCUGCUCAGCGUACGAGUCGGGGAUUGGAAGCAAGAUGUGCCCAAGAGCCUGGCGCGUUUUGAGACGUGCACCUGCUUGCUGGGCCGGGAGCCGUUCGCCUCGGGGAGACACUACUGGGAAGUCCACGUGGGAAGCAAGACCAGCUGGACGCUCGGCGUGUGCCGAGAAUCGGUGAGCCGCCAGGGGAUCUUCACGCCCUCGCCAGCGACGGGUUUCUGGACCAUGUGGCUGCGGAACGGCGACGAGUACGCCGCUCUCACUUCCCCCCUGACGGAGCUGGUGCUCAGGGCGAGACCUAGUCUAAUCGGCAUCUUCUUGGACUACGAGGCAGGCGAGGUCUCUUUCUACAAUGGAGAUAAUGGAUCCCACAUCUUUACCUUCACGGACUCCUUGACAGGGACCCUCCGACCAUAUUUCUAUCCUGGGGUCCGGGCAGGGGGCCUCAAUGACGAUCCGCUUGUCAUCCAACCAGCACUCUGCCAGACUCCAGACGUAUCUUACUUUCACAGCCAUGAGGCCUUUUCAUGUCACUGUGGAACCACAGGUACUUUAUAG